AUGGUGUCAGAUAGGAUAUCUGCAGCGCUGGAAAAGGCAGCCAAUAGGGCUGCCCGCGUAGCAGAGGGCGACGCGGGUCUACAAGACUACCCAGCCCCACAUCAUCCUAGCCAAAAGAAGUCUGAAGCAUUGGAGAAAGCAAAGGAGUCAUCCAGGAGCGAGAAGGCCAACCCUGCUUCGGAUAAAUCCUUGGAAGCCAAAGUCCGUGAUUUGAAGAUGGCCCAAGAAGGAGCCAAUGAAGACUCACCUGCACCUACGGUGCCUGCCAGUGAUGGGUCUAGGAAGAAGCGCAAAAGUCCAAAGGAGAACGGUGAGAAGGGUGAUGAUGCAGGGUCUCCCACCAUAGUCACCCCAAAGCCCGAAAUCAAAAUCAAGCGUUCUGAUACCGCUGAAUCUGCCCCAAAGCUUUCCCGGCAUGUCCAGAGUCGAGAACUGAUGAAACGAUCACCUACACUGCACUACAGCCCUGGUGAAGACAGAAAGCCACCAAAGAAGGUUGUGAAAACAGCUGUGAAGGCGAAAGCUAAAUCUGGUAGUUCCAAAGAGGUCAAGUCCAAGAGCAAGGCUGCCCCAAAGGCCGCCCCCAGAAAUCCCAGUCCAAAGUUGGAGAGUCCUGUGCCAGCUACUGCUGAUGCUGUUGCGCAUGCCUUGACUAGGCAAACCACACUUGAGCUUGCACCACCUUCCCCUGGCAGUGACAGCGAGUCCGCCUCCAGUGCCGAAGAUGCUGGAUGCUGCAAGGCUGCAGGGGCACCGUCAGAUCCUCCAGGAGAUGAUGGAGGAGGUUGCCCAAAAGAGAUCAAAGCAGCGGGACAGUCUGCGCACAGAUGCAGUGAAAAGUUGCAAGUCCUCUUCGAGCAGUGGAUGAUCUGCGAUGGACACUGGAAGGAGUCCAGCCUGUACCAACAGCUCAAGGAAUGUUGGCAAUACCUGGUAUGGGACGUGGAUGCAGAAGAGGACACAACUGACACAAUCACCAGUUCCUUUUUUGAGCAGAUCGACAAGGAUGACAAAGGGACCAAGACCAAGACCAACAAGAAACGCAAGGGAAGAAAGGCGAAGGCUAAGGGGAAGAAGCGGACCGAGGAAACACAAGAGGAUAAAGCAAAGCGCGAGCAGAAGGAGUUGGAAGCCAAGGCAAAGGAAGCAAAAAAGAAACGGAUCGCAACGGCCAACAAGGUCGUCUCGAAGCUGCAGAGUGCCCUGGCGAAGGCCUCUUUGGUCGAAGUCAAAGCUGGAGGGAUGUGGUCCGCAGCUUUGAAGAAGGUAUUCCUGGGCGAGCUGUCGCCGCACAAGCACUUGUUGGGGAAGAAGCGUGACGCCUUGUUGAAGGUUAUUGACAGUGUGAAGGGUUCUGGUGACCUGACCUUGCUGGCAACGCCUGAAAGUGAGGGGGACGAUGCAGUGAAGGAUUUUUUGGAUUUUCUCCAAAGAGAUUUUCCCCUGGAGAAAACCCAGAACUUGGCUAUCCAGAAUGCAAUUGAGGAUGUGAGUUCUGGUGCCAGCUCCAUCUACAAAGCUGUGAAACGGAUCAGAUCGCAUGUGCAGGUGCCUUGGCAGCGAGCAGGAUUUUACGGAGAUGCAGCUCAGUUGAUCACAAAGGUGCGGUACGAAAAACUCCUGUGCCUAUGGUUGAACGUAGUGAUUUUCAGGCCAAAGUCAAUUCGGUACUCCCGGUUUUUGUUGUGGAGUUGCGAUGUGGCCCUGCUCUACAAGAGUAGGACGUUAAACACCAUUCUGAGAUGGCUGGUAUGGUCUUUCAACUGCCUCUAUGAAGGUACCUACCCAAUGAUUCGACCUGGAAACAGACCUUUGGAACCACAUGAGAAAGAUCGCGCUGGUACCUGGAUAACCAAUAAAAAACUGCAGUUCCAAGUAGUGGAGCUUCGUGGAGAUUGGGAGUUCCACAAGCUGGUGUGGCAGUUCAAGUGCUCAUGGAAGGGUGGUGUAAAUGUUGGGAUUUGCUACCGCUGCCCUGCUAUGGUCCGGGCUCGGGAUCCGGGUCUGAUCUACUGGAAUAUGGACGAUGAAAAUAGCACAUGGGCAAAAGAGGAGUUUGACACCACGGAUUUCAUUUGCAAAAGGCAAAUGCUAUGCCAAGAGUUAGAGUACUUUGGCCCUGGCACCUUUCAACAACAGUUGGACAAGGCGUACAAGGACUUUGUUGGGUUCAGCCGGGCGAACAAGAUGGACCAGUCACAACCUCCUUUCAAAGAGUGGAAGGUUCCCUGGUAG